GUCGCGCACACACAUUCGUGAGGUGUAAAACGGGCGCUACACUGGCUACACAUUACACAAACAGUGAGGCGGCGGUGGCAAUCAGGCAGCGAUGCACACAUUUAUACGUACACACACCAUCGCGCUCGCCUAUAUAGCUGAACGAACGAAAAGUACAUACAUCCAAUACAUGUGGGGAGGGUGCAUAAUUAGCCGCUGAAUGGAUAAUAAUUGUGCGGUGCCAACAAAGCUGUGGAGACAACUCCGUCAUUGCGAGAGCGAAAGAGAAAAGGGCAUAAGUUAAAGAAAUAUAGCGAAUAGGAGUGACAUGAGUGUGUGUGUGCUAGCUCUCAGACGCAUGACACGCACACAUCCAGCAGACACACACGCGCACGCAUACAAACAAGACGGUUGGAGAGACGGAGACGGACAUGGCGGGGCCAAGAAUAGCCAACAGCACGCGAAUCUAGCCGAGUACCUAGUCGCUGAGCGAGACUGGCCGAGGCAUCCUCGUCAAACCCGAGAAAAAGACAGAGAAAGAGAGAUAGCGAACGGAGCCGCGAGUGUGUGUGCUUUCAUUUCGUUCCAGCCUGCAGUAGCACGGGAGAGAGAACGAAAGAGAGAUUGAAGAGUGUGGACGCGCGACCUCGUCCUCGUAGCAGAGCUGGCCCACACGUAUCAACGACACUUAUGGCGAGAAACACUCACAUUGCCUACCGGGCUGGCACCACCUUCAGACUCCUUCCUCUCCAGAUAUAGGAGUGGUGGAGCAGAAAAGGAAGAUCAUUUGGAGAGAAUUUCCAAGUGAUCAACAAAAAGGCUGAUUUAACCAGCCUGAAUUUGUUCAUUGAUUGCAUCUCAGUGCAUUGAGUGCAAUGUCACUGGAAAAUAGGUCCAGCUCAGCUCUAUUCAAAAGGGCCGAGCAGCUCAAAAGGUGGGAGCAGUCAGACACUAAUAAAGAGCCACCGCAUCCCAAGCAAGUGUCUAAAAAGAUUAAGUUCUCAGCUGAUUGUGUGUUCCUGGCUGCUUGUGCUGCUGGAGACAAAGAUGAAGUUAUUCGAUUAUUGCAGAAAGGUGCUGACAUUAACACUGGAAAUGUUGACGGUCUUACCGCAUUACAUCAGGCCUGCAUCGACGACGACUUGGACAUGGUGGAGUUUCUGGUGGAGCAAGGAGCGGACAUAAACCGCGGCGACAAUGAAGGUUGGACACCUUUACACGCCACCGCAUCAUGUGGCUUCAUCUCAAUCGCAAAGUACCUGAUAGAGCAGGGUUGCGAUUUAGCAGCGGUGAACAACGAUGGAGAAUUGGCCCUCGAUAUCACCGAGAGCGACGAGAUGGAGGACAUGCUACGCGAGCACAUCAACAAGGCAGGUAUAGACUGCCAUCAAGCGAGAAGCGAAGAAGAAAGGCUGAUGUUAAACGACGCGAAGGCAUGGAAAGCUGGUGCCCCGGGUAAGGAUGUUUUGCAUCCACGCUCGGGUGCCACUGCACUUCACGUUGCUGCUGCUAAGGGUUACCUCGAAGUCAUGAAGAUUUUAUUACAAGCGAGGUGCGACGUCAAUGCGCGAGAUUACGAUGGCUGGACACCUCUGCACGGUGCGGCGCAUUGGGGCGAAAUCCAAGCUUGCAAGCUUCUUGUUGAGAAUUACUGUGAUAUGGAUAUUAAAAAUUAUGCUGGCCAGAAUGUAUUUGACGUAGCAGAUCCUGACAUUCUCGAGGAUUUGAACGAACUCAAGAAAAAACAAAAGGAUUAUCCACAAAUUAUUAACAAGCAACCAGCGAUACCAAAGAAACGUGUAUCAACAAAUAAAGAGAAUUUAGUUAUUGAUCAAGAAGGAAUGGAAACAUUUGAAGAGGAGACGCCCAACAAAGUUAAGAAAGUCGAAUUGGAAAUACAAUCCGAUAAAGAGGAGUCGAGUGUUGGAACAAAUAGUGACGUUGAAGAGGGAGUCGAUUCGGAGGAGGCUAGUGAGGGUGAGAGUGAAUCUGAGACUAGCUCAGAUACACAAACAUCCACGUGCUCCGAGCAAUCGAAUAUAUCGAAUCGCUCAAACAACUCGUCUUGCCUUACCGACGACGAAAAGAAGAACAGGGUGAACCGUGAAGAAACCGCCACACAUAGCCCUCUGCCGUCGCCGGAUGCGAACAAAGUUCCUAAUCAGGCACCCACGACACCACCCAAACAACAGACUGAAAACAAUGAAGACGGUUCUGUACCAUCGUGGCGACGAUCCGGUUCAUUCAGGAAUCGAGGUAUUGAAUCAGAAGCUGCCAAUUCUGCACCUACUAAAAUCGAAGAACGCGAAAAGCCCGUAAUAAAAACAUCACCAUCGCCAGUAAAAGUACCAGAAGAGCCUGAAGUAGUUCUCCGAAGAACUCACAGCUUCAAAACAGACGAAAAGUUCUAUGAGCAGUACCUGGCACUGAGAGCUCGUAUCAAGGCAGCAUCUUGUCCUACUCUCCAUCGCUGCAAUCCAGCCACUCCCACCCAUAACAACGUUGCCACCGCUCGAUCUGCAUCCCUGCGCGAUACUCAGAGGAAAAAAGAGAUAAUGCUUAACUUGGAGGCAAUACAAUUGAAUCUGGACUUGUCGGGCACACCUCAGGCAAAUAGUGCGCACUCGCCGACGAACAAAUCGUUACCAACUAUUCCGGUAUCCACAAAUCUCACGUCCAGCGUCACAAGUCCGCUACCUACCAACCAAAUUCGCAGCAUAUCGACUUCGGCUCAAGCGUCGCCAACAGUAACUACUCCGUCAAAUAAUAAUUCGAUGACAGCACCUGCGACUCCUACCACGCCUGGUGGAAGCAAACUCAGUCCAGGAAAUAUCUUCAAAAAUUUCUUCAAAUCGUUCGUGCCACCUGUUCGGGACGAGGAGAGUGAGACGCAGCGCAAAGCUCACGCGAAACGCGUUCGCGAGACCAGGCGUUCGACUCAGGGUGUCACCCUCGAUGAAAUCAAGAGCGCCGAGCAACUCGUCAAGAAGAAACAACAGCAGAACAACGACGUCGCCACCGCCACUUUUACUACUACUAGCAGCGCUGCUACACCAACUGUUACUCAGUCGGUAACGACAGCAGCAGCAGCUUGCAGCACCGGCACGGGGAUAACGACGACAACGGCAUCAAUCACGGCGACGAUAACGACGGCAACGCCAACUACGGUGACCACCACUGAUAGCAAACAAUCAGCUUUAGCUGUGAGCGAGGCAACCAGCGAGUCUAAUCAACCGGAACGGCGACCAUCCUGGCGACUUAAGGUCGACAGCGGCAGCAAGUUCCAGUUAGAGGACGCGAACAACAGAACUUCGGGGACGACUGGCGCUACCACUGAUACCACCACGGCGUACAUACGGAGGCCAUCGGCUGGCACGGUUUCGCAGCCACGGCCAAGCUCAGCACCCGUAGAUACCAACACCACUGCCACGACCAAUGUCACGAGCAAUGCCGAUACCACUGUCACUCUGCCGCUCAGGCGGCCGCUUAAGCCGCCUGAGGAUAAAGAGCAAGACAAAGAGAAUGACAGCCGUAACGCUCAGGCCACCCAGGCGGUCAUCCAGAGGAGACGGAGACCCAAACGAAGGUCUACCGGAGUCGUUCAUGUCGACAUGGAUGAGAUCGAUCCGGAUAAACAAGAUGCAACGUCGGGUGGAGAUGUCGAUGACAACAAUAUGAAUCACAAUGAGAGCGGACACGAGCGUUCGGGUCGUUCGAGCAGACUGGGUUCGGUGUCGUCGUUGAGUUCCGAGACACCGAGCAGUCGGACGAAAAGCAGCAGCAUUAACACGACAACGGAGAACGGUGAACUGGAUUAUAAGAAAUUGUACGAGGAGUCGCAGAUUGAAAACGAACGGUUACGCGAACAGCUGCGCAAGUCGGACGAGCAGCUCAAGGAAACCCAAAGCCUGCUGGAUAAGGCGCAAGCGGCCCAAAGUAAAGCAUCACUGUCCGAAGUUGAGAAACGCGAGCGCAGAGCUAUGGAAAGGAAGCUCUCUGAGAUGGAGGAAGAACUCAAGCAAUUGCAAAAGCUCAAAGCUGAAAAUGAGAGAUUGAAAGCCGAAAAUCGGGCACUUACCCGCGUGGUAUCCAAACUCACCAAUACUUCUAAAUAGAUGUUGGAAACACUCAAGUGUGAGAACCAGAGGCUAAAAGACGAGAACGGUGCCUUGAUCCGAGUCAUUAGCAAGCUAUCCAAGUGAAGAACAAAAGUAGAGCGGAUCGAUGGAGCGCCGCGAGAUUGAAUUGACAAAAAAACUGAAAAAAGAAAAGGGAUCUUGUAGCUGCGCGAGCAGAGCUUAUGUAGUUAUUUAUUAAUUGGUGUAUCGAUUGCUCUUGUGGCUGUGCCAGACGAAGACGAGAUUAUUUAUAAUGACGAUGCGCCGAUAUAUUUUUUUUCAGCAUUGAAACAGGGCUAUACAUGAUUGACUUCACUGUCACGUCUAUUCCUGCGAGUGUACAUGCAUUUUGUGGUUUUCAUUAGUGCAUUGAAUGUCGACUUUUUUGACGAAUCAAACUUGUCUUCUUUCUUACUUUUUUUCUAACCAAACAGUACUAAUACGUUUGUUAGGGAAAAUCUGUCAAUUAUUGUAUCAGUAUUUUCAAGUUGUUGAAAUUUUGAAAUAUUUUAACGAAUUGUUUUUUAAUGUGAGAUGUAAAACUGUAGUUUAGCGUCGUCGAAUUAAUGAAUUAAAAAAAACAUAAGAAAUAUAUACGAAUAUACGCGUGACAAAUGACAUUAUCUUUUUAGUUGACAAAAGUAUUGAAAAUCACGCGUGUGCACUCUCGAGUUCUCUGCGUAAUAAAAAAAAUUAAGAGAAAAUAGACAAUACUAAGAUUUAUAGCCUAUAACAAUUAUUUGCGCAUCUAAAAGUGCAAGGCAUGCAUAUACCCGUACGAUUAUUGUCUAUCGAGCGAAGGAUCGGUGAAAGUAUUUUAGCAAACAUUAAAAGAAGAAAAUGAUAGAUUGCUGAAAGACUGCACCUUUGUGUAUAAGUAAGCGCAGUAACGUGGUUUUUUUCCCCGUUGCUUACUUUGAUCUUGUACACCGCGAUCCGUGUUGAGAAAAGAAGUCUUGCGUGAACAAACAAAACGAUACACAAAGUACGGUUAAUUAUAUAAGAAAAUAAAUAACAAUGAUUACCGCCUUUGUCGCGAUGAAAACCUUUGCAAUAUUGUAUUUCGUGCGCUGUAAUGACGAGUUUUACUCGGUGCGAAGCUCCAAAAAUUAUUUCUUAGGGGACUGCAUCAGUUAUAUACUUAGAAUGUAACAUCGAGUUGAAAACUUUCGUGUUUUGCAUUCUUAUAUGAAAUAAAGAAAAAGGAUAAAUGUAGAAAGAUGAAAAAAGUGAGUGAAAAAAAUUAUAAAUUUCCUCCUUAGGAGGUAUUUACGUCAAAAUGAUUAAAGCGAAUUGUACAUUACUUCUAUAACGAUAAGUGAUAGAGGAAAUAAACGGUAAUAAUAAUGAUAUCUUCGUGAGUCAACUUAUUGCGUUUAGCGUUAGAUCGUUAAGUAUGGCCUUUCUUGAAAAGACUGCUAUUAGCUAUCGGACGUUAUCGCUGUAAUAUCGUGAUUUUAGGCGCCAGUGGAACUAAAAUUGUUCGAUAACAAUUAUUAACUUUGACGAUUAAAAUAUUUAUGGAUACUUAUCAUUAUUAUUAAUUUUAUUUGAAUUUUGUUUUUCAAUCUAUCGUUACGUAACGCCAAAAACUUGUUUUCUAUAUUAAUGAAAUAAUGCUAUUUAUGCACGUUAUGAAUUGUUCUACUAUUUUCAAUUUUUGAUAUUGAAAAUAUGAGGUACUCAAGAUCAAUGAAAUUUUUUAAUCAAAGAUAAUAAUUGAAUUAUUUUCGAAUCAUUAACUGAUGUAUAUUGUAUCGCAUUUUACGCCCGAAUAUUUGCCCUAUUGUUUCAGAAAGACUUUUACACAAAUUGUUGUGAUUGUAUCAGAUCUACAAAGUGCGUUGUUUGCAUACGUAAGUUUUAUAGCGUAAAAAGAAAUUUGACAUUUUGAUAAAAGAACUUUUGCGAGCGACAUAUUCUCAGUCGAUAUUUAUCUGGCCUCAUAUACGCAAAUGCGAAGAUAUCGUACGAUUGACUACUGAUUUACAGUUAUCGUGUUUUUCUUUUCUUAAUAAUAUUGUUGUACACACUUGUAUAAAAAAAUAUAUGAGUAUAGUUGUUUCAUAAAAAAAGAAGUUUGUUAAUUAAAAUAACCAUCAUCUAAGCGUAACCAUGUUUUUUCAAAGUAGAAAACUCAUUGCAUUUUAUAAUAGUGAUAUCUAUGUGCUUAUUGUAUUAUACAGUUUGAAACCAUCGGAUAAAACAGUAUCAGUUGCGAGUCUCGUAGGAAACUCUUAAUCCAAUAUUUAUAAGAGAUUCACUCUCUAAUAUUCUAUCAUAUUGGAUCAAGUUUUAGAUGUAUUCGCUAUUUUACUUAUUGAUGUUCACCAAAUACAAAGCAUUUAUUGUGAAAUUUAUGAAACUAAAUUAGAAAAUAGUGACGGUUUUGAAGAUAAUUCAAGUCGGCUUUACAUACGACUUCUUAGUCACUGAAUCAUAUGAUAUACAUAAAUAAACAAAAAAAAAUGUUGAACGCUGAGGCAUUUUUUAAAUCUGACUAAACGAUCAAAAUGUUCUAUUUCGUCGACUUCAUGAUCAUAUAAAUAUCAUACAUACACACGAUCUACACGUAAAUAUACGUGUACUAUAAUUGCCAACAAGAGCAUUAUAGUUACAAUGGGGGACUGAGGACUCUAGUUCCCGAUUACAUUGUACGACAGAUAUUUAUUUCCUACUUCAUUUUGUACUUGUGAAUAUGAACGAUA